GCGGCUCUCGCUCUGCCCUUUUUCCGGGUCUGGCUUCACCCCAGUGUGGGCGGGGCGAGCGCCUUCGCGGGCCGCGAUCAGCGCGGGUCUCGCGAGAGCUCCCCCUUUUCCCGGCCGGCGCGGAGCGAGAAAGGCCAUGUUCAGCUCUAGCGCCAAGAUUGUGAAGCCUAAUGGCGAGAAGCCAGAUGAGUUCGAGUCUGGUAUAUCCCAGGCUCUGCUGGAGUUGGAAAUGAACUCUGACUUAAAAGCUCAGCUGCGGGAGUUGAACAUCACAGCAGCUAAGGAAAUUGAAGUGGGUGGUGGCAGAAAAGCCAUCAUUAUCUUCGUACCAGUUCCUCAGCUGAAGUCCUUCCAGAAGAUUCAGGUGCGGCUAGUUCGUGAGCUGGAGAAGAAAUUUAGUGGAAAACAUGUGGUGUUCAUUGCUCAGAGAAGGAUUCUGCCUAAGCCAACAAGAAAAAGCCGCACAAAAAACAAGCAAAAGCGUCCCAGGAGCCGUACGCUUACUGCAGUGCACGAUGCUAUCCUUGAAGACCUGGUCUUCCCGAGUGAAAUUGUGGGCAAGAGAAUCCGCGUAAAACUGGACGGCAGCAGGCUUAUAAAAGUCCAUCUGGACAAAGCACAGCAGAACAAUGUUGAACACAAGGUGGAAACAUUUUCUGGUGUCUACAAGAAGCUCACAGGCAAAGAUGUGGUGUUUGAAUUUCCAGAAUUCCAGCUGUAAAGUGCAAAAAAAUGGCUGAAUAAACAACUGUUCAUAUAACAGA